UCGGGAGCCGGUCAGGAGCCGGAGAAGCGGGCAGGCAUGCGACUGACGGUCGCCGCCGCCAUCUCCCAUGGCCGCGUAUUCCGCCGCCUGGGCCUUGGCCCGGAGUCUCGCAUCCACAUGUUGCGGAACUUACUAACGGCACUGGUGCGACAUGAGCGCAUUGAGGCGACCUGGGCGCGCGUGGACGAGAUGAGGGGUUACGCGGAGAAGCUCAUCGAUUAUGGGAAGCUGGGCGACACCAACGAACGGGCCAUGCGGAUGGCUGACUUCUGGCUCACGGAGAAAGAUUUGAUCCCAAAGCUGUUUCAAGUACUGGCCCCUCGAUACCAGGGCCAGAGUGGUGGCUACACAAGAAUGCUGCAGAUCCCAAAUCGGAAUGAGCAAGAUCGGGCCAAGAUGGCAGUGAUCGAGUUUAAAGGGAACUGCCUCCCACCCCUGCCCCUGCCUCGCAGAGACAGCAACCUCACACUCCUAAACCAGCUGCUGCAGGGCCUGCGGCAGGACCAGGAAAGGUGCAGCCACAGCUCCCACACGGCUCAGACGCCAGGGUUGUAACUGAAGCCAAAGAGCAUAUAUUGCCUUCCAUCGUCAGUGGGGGUGAACUCAGAACUUGAAAGAUCUAAGAAGAACUGAAGCUAAACUUGUAAAAUGGCAAUCUUAAUGGAGUCCAGAACCUUCUGGGGAGCCAGAUGACCUUCUCUUUGCACAGAUAAAAGUCCUUAUAUGAGUAUAUGCAAACUAUGUUUUUCUCACCCACCACCCCCACCUCUCUUUUGGAUCACUGGAGAAUGAGAACUAUACAAAUGAUAACUGUACCUGCAACAGUAAAUACACAGUGACUGUUUCUGGCUCAGA